UCCGCAAAUAAACUCACUAAAGAAAGAAAGAAAGAGCGCGCGUGUGAUGUGUUUGUGUAUCCUCAGUGUUUUUCUCUCUUGCGUGUUUCAUUGAGUGUAAACGAAGUAUUGUCUCUGUGUAUUUAAGUGUUAAGACGAUGCGGGACACUACAGUGUGUGACAGUAAACAGAGCUUACAGGAGGAUCAAACCUCCACAGAGUCUCUGGAUUCUGUCUGUAACGCUGGAGAACAGCAGCAGAUCCUGCAGACCAAACUGAAGAUGUGUUCAGUCAAACUCAUCGACUGCACGAACCUCAUGAUGAAGAUUAAAACUGAACCCACAGAAAUCAAAACUGAACCCACAGAAAUCAAAACUGAACCCACAGAAAUCAAAACUGAACCCACAGAAAUCAAAACUGAACCCACAGAAAUCAAAACUGAACCCACAGAAGAGGAAGAUCGCACUGAGGAAGAUGAUGAUUUUAUUCCAUCAGAUGUGAAGAGUGAUUCAUGUUUGGAUAUAGAAAUAACGUCCUCAACAUCAAAAGGGCGCCUGACAGCACAAACUCUUUCCUGCAUCACCUGUGGAAAGACAUUCAGCUCACAGAGACAUUUAGAGAGACAUGAGAGAAAACACACUGAACAGAAACUCUUCACCAGAUCUGAGAUCAGCUUUACCACCUCACAAGAGAAGAAACUUCAUUCAGAAGACCACAGAGAGAAGAAGAAGAAGUUUCACUGUGAGCAGUGUGGGAAGAUUUUUGGCUCUUCAUCUAAACUAAAUGUUCACAUGAGGACACACAGUGAUGAAAAGCCUUUCAACUGCACUGAAUGUGGAAAUUACUUCAGAACCAAACAAUAUCUUAAAGUUCAUCAGAGAGUUCACACAGGAGAAAAACCUUACGAGUGUCCUCACUGUGGGAAGAGAUUUAGCCAUAAACAUAGUCUCAAGAGACAUGUGCGUUCACACACCAAUGAGAGAACGUAUCAGUGCAGUGAAUGUGACAAAACCUUUAGGGAUUCAAGUUCAUUAAAAUCACACCAGAAUAUUCACUUUAAAGAGAAACUCUAUCAGUGUUCACACUGUGAUAAACGUUUCUGUCAUAAAUAUCAGCUGAUAAUCCAUGAGAGAGUUCACACUGGAGAGAAACCUUACGUCUGCGCUCACUGUGGAAAGAGCUUCUCUAGUUCAUCUAAAUUCAGAGUUCAUCAAAGAGUUCAUUCUGGAGAGAAACCUCAUAACUGUAGUGUCUGUGGGAAGAGUUUUAGUCAUGGGUCUUCAUUACUAAAGCACAAGAGAAUUCAUACAGGUGAAAAACCUUUCAAAUGCUCUCUGUGUGACAAGACGUUUACUUGUUCAAGUAACUUAAAAGACCAUCAGAGAGUUCACACUGGAGAGAAACCUUACGCUUGCUCUCACUGUCGGAAGAGCUUCAGUAGUUCAUCUAAAUUAAUAGUUCAUCAGAGAGUUCAUACUGGAGAGAAACCUUAUCACUGUAGUGUCUGUGGGAAGAGUUUUAGUGAACAAACUACAUUACUAUGUCACAAGAGACUUCAUACAGGUGAAAAACCUUACAAAUGCUCUCAGUGUGACAAGACGUUUGCUCAGUCAAGUUCUUUAAAAUACCAUCAGAGAGUUCAUACUGGAGAGAAACCUUAUCACUGUAGUGUCUGUGGGAAGAGUUUUAGUCAUGGGUCGUCAUUACUAAAGCACCAAAGAGUUCAUACAGGCGAUAAACCUUUCAAAUGUUCUCAGUGUAACAAGAUGUUUGCUUAUUCAGGUCAGUUACAAGCCCAUCAGAGAGUUCAUACUGGAGAGAAACCUUAUCACUGUAGUGUCUGUGGGAAGAGUUUUAGUCAACGGUCUUCAUUACUAAAGCACAAGAGGAUUCAUAAAUGCAAUCCACCGUGCCAUUUGCCGUUGCCAGUUAUAGGUCUCAUCACUGUAGUGUCUAUAGGUCAAACAAGAAGCCAUAUCUAAACAUGACUCAAAAGCGCAUGCGUUUUCUCUGGGCCAAGGCUCAUUUAAAAUGGACUUUGGCAAAGUGGAAAACUGUUCUGUGGUCAGAAGAAUCAAAAUUUGAUGUUCUUUUUGGAAAACUGGGACGCAAUUUCGUCUGGACUAAAGAGGACAAGGACAUCCCAAGUUGUUAUUAGUGCGCAUUUAAGAAACCUGCAUCUCUGAUGGUUUGGGGCUGCAUGAGUGCGUGUGGCACGGGCAGCUUACACAUCUGGAAAGGCACCAUCAAUGCUGAAAGGUUUAUCCAAGUUGUAGAGCAACAUAUUCUCCCAUUCAGACAUCGUCUCUUUAGGGAAAACAUUGCAUUUUCCAAUAUGACAAUUCCAGACCACAUACUGCAACAAUUACAACAUCAAGACUGCGUAGAAGAAGGAUCUGAAUACUGAAAUGGCCAGCCUGCAGUCCAGAUCUUUCACCCACAGAAAACAUUUGGCGCAUCAUAAAGAGGCGCAUCAUAAAGAGACAGUUCAGCAACUAGAAGCCUAUUUUAGACAAGAAUGGGACAACAUUUCUAUUCCUAAACAUUGGUCCUCCUCCAGCUGUUCCUUAUAUGUACAUUUAACUUUCCGGCCUCUUAUUGCUACCUGUCCCAACUUUUUUUUGAAUGUGUAGCUCUCAUGAAAUCCAAAAUGAGCCAAUAUUUGGCAUGACAUUUCAAAAUGUCUCACUUUCAACAUUUUAUAUGUUAUCUUUGUCCUAUUGUAAAUAAAAUAUAAGUUUAUGAGAUUUGUAAAUUAUUCCAUUCCUUUUUAACGCCCAAUUUCUACAGUGUCCCAACUUUUUCUGAUUUAGGGUUGUACAACAACGCCCUCACUUGUAUGAUGUCACAGCAGUAGGCAGCGCAAAUAUAACGACACGCCUAUAAUCCCUCCCACUCUGAAGUAAUACUAACUCGAUGGAAAAGUUAACCAAGCCAAAGUGAAGUGAGCUGACCCGACCUGACUCGAAAAUCAGUACAGCUCUGAAGGCCUGGUAGAGUAAUAAUUUGAAUGAAAAAUCAUUUGUUUUUUGUGUACAGUCGUGGCUCGACAGUCGAGGCGAGCUUGCUCAGGAAUGGCAGAAGGCAGGUGUGAGCGCAUCUGUACGCACAGUGAGGCGAAGACUUUUGGAAGAUGGCCUGGUGUCAAGAAGGGCAGAAAAGAAGCCACUUCUCUCCAAAAAACAAACAAACAUCAGGGCCAGCUUAAUCAUCUGCAGAAAGUAUAGUGAAUGGACUGCUGAGGACUGGCGCAAAGUUAUAUUCUCUGAUUAAGCCCCUUUCCGUUUGUUUGGGGCAUCUGGAAGGUGAGCACUACCAUGUGUCAUGCCAACAGUAAAGCAUCCUGAGACUAUUCAUGUGUGGGGUUGCUUCUCAUCCAAGGGAGAAGGUUCACUCACAAUUCUGCCCAAAAACACAGCCAUGAAUAAAGAAUGGUACCAAAACACCCUCCAACAGAUCACAAGACGUUAAAGGACAUGGCCAUAUAGAUAUUCUGCAUUGUAUAUUGUACACACACACGUUUACCUAAGAAAGGAGAAACAAGACUGUUAAAAAACAAGA